AUGGAGUCUGUACUGGCAAUUAGUGGUUGUGCUGCUGAUCAGAGGGUUAGGUAUGCUUCAUGUUCGUUUCUUGACGAAGCUUUAUCCUGGUGGAAUGCACAAGUUCAAAUUUUGGGAGAAGACGUUGCCUACGGUCUUACAUGUAACGAACUGAAAGAUAUGCUUCUUAAGGAAUACUGCCCACGUAGUGAGAUACAGAAGAUUGAGACUGACUUCUGGAUUCUGACCAUGGAAGGCUUGAAUGUCAGAGCUUAUACGUCUCGAUUCAAUGAUCUGGCUAGGUUGGUUCCUCGGAUGGUCACUCCUGAUUACGUUAAGAUUGAAAGGUAUAUUUGGGGACUGGAGCCACAGAUUCGCAGUAUGGUCACGUCAGCGAAACCCACUACCUAUCUGGAAGCUACUACAUUGGCAAAAUCAUUGGCUGAUGAUGCUGCUCGUAAAAUUAGCCUUAACAAAAAGGAUGAGACUGGGAAGUCAUCGGUGAAAGCCAAUGCAGACGGGAAAUCUAAUCGACAGGAGCAUUCUGAGCCUAGAGCUGGGGAUUCGUGGAAGCGAAAGUCUGAGAGUUCGAAGGAUUCUGAUGAGAAGCGUGAGAAGAAAUGCAAUUCAGGAAAAGCAUACGUGGCUAACUCCAGUGGUUCAGGGAAAGAUGUGGCCAGGGAUGGCAAGAGUGGUUCUGUGAAAAGAGCUCAUGGUGAUGAGCAAGGGAAAUGUGCCAGAUGUGGUCGAUCUGGGCAUGUGACUCGUAAGUGCUAUGCUAAAAGCACGUCAGAUGGAGUCAAGCUCGAGGGAUGCUUUGAAUGCGGAGAAUAG